AUGGACAGGCUGACGUGGUACCAACCUGGAGAAUAUAUGGAAGAUAUAAUCAUCCAGAGCGGUCACGUGGGCAUAUAUGAUGGAGAUGUGAAACAGACAGCAUAUGAACAGGGGACUGCUUCUCUAACGUUGCAUCGUAUUAUCUGGGCUGAUUCCAAUGAUCCGGAUCAUCGACUGAUUUUACAUCAUUCAUUGGUAGCAGGUAUUGAGAAGCACCAUAAAUCGAUGUUCCGUCGAGGUGGCAAAAUCAUCCUUUCUCUGCAUCCUAAACCACUCGGACAACAACGAGGCCCUUUCACUUCUUCUUCUUUUAAUUAUAUUCGCCUUGUUUUUCGAAAUGGGGGAGAAGACGAGUUCUUUGAGAAAUACAAGGAAGCGAUAGGAAUGAAUACAUGGGAACGAUCUCUUUCUGGCUGCGCAACAUCAAGCUCUGUCACUUUACGGAACUGUAGUACUGUGGUACCUCGAGCAGUAGGUAUUUCAGGCAUCGAAAAAAGAUUUGCUGAAAACCAUCACCGUACCCAUGAAAGUAUAAGCCAGGCUUUUGAAGAUAUGAAUCGAUUAAUGGAAUAUGCACGAGAAAUGGUAUCCCUUUCGAAAGCCAUUACCGAUAAAUUGCGAGCAAAGAAAGGAGAGAUAACUGACGAUGAAACUGUACGCUUCAAAACCUACUUGCUUAGUUUGGGCGUUAGUGACCCAGUAACGAAGUCAGCAUUUGGUAGCAGCGCUGAGUAUUACAAAAAACUUGCGGAAGAGUUGGCUGUGGUGUUAUGUACCCCGCUUAAGGAAUGCGGUGGUAUGAUGACUUUAUCAGACGUAUAUUGUCGUAUUAACAGAGCUCGUGGUUUAGAACUCUUGUCACCAGAAGACAUUUUGAAUGCAUGUCAGAUGUUGGAGCAAAUAAAUUUACCCAUAUCUUUGAAUCGUUUUGAAAGUGGUGUCAUGGUUGUACAGCUGAAAGAGAUGAGUGUAGAAACCACGAUUGAAAGCACUGCGGAGUUAGUAGCGACUAUGGGUACUUGUAAUGCUACUAAGCUCGCUAAAUGUCUUAGUAUUACAGUCAUCCUUGCAAAGGAGAGAUUACUUGCGGCGGAGGCUCAGGCGAAGCUUUGUCGUGAUGAUACAAUCGAAGGUCUUACGUUUUAUCCAAAUCGUUUCAUGACUUCCUGUUGA